AUGCCUGUAGAUGUUGAAUCUAUGUGGGGACCAGUUCCAUUACCUAAAUUACCACCCGGUACAGAUAAUGUUUGUAAUGUGGCAUCUCACGCACUUUGGAACCAUUUAGCCCAACCAGUAUUUACGGCUCGUAUUAUCCAUAGCAUACCAUUGAUGACGUCAGUGGUUCAUGUCUUCGUUAAAGAUAAAUUGUCCGUGGUAGCUCAUUUGGUAGGAUCAGAUCAACUACCAUUGCCAUCCGUGGUCACAUCUUCAAAAUCAAACAUAACAUUGAAUCCACGACGUGGUGAACGAGCUGUGUUGAUUAAGAAUCACCAAGGUGAUUGGGGUGUCGUCAUUGGAAGAUGGGUCGGCUUUAAAAAAGGUGUCCCCGGUGUUUCAGGCACAAGACACAGAAGGGGAAAACGCGGUGUUCCUGGUAGUCCAGAUUAUUUGACAGCACGGUUCAGGAGAAUGAACGACAACAAUUGGCAUCAAAUGAAUGCAACGAAUACGUUUUAUUUCACACUCGGUGGUCUGCAGGUUAAUAUGAAGAGUGGCGGUAUAGUGUACCAACCAGGACAACAUGAUGAUAUAGCCGAGCACGUUGCUCUUACGUUUAGUAUCGCCUUAUUAUAUGUUCUCUGUCAGCCUAGACCAUCUAGUUGGAGACCGGGACAGUCUAUGAAGGUUUCAUCCUCUAGGGGUGCCAAAUCAGUGGCAACAUGUCCUUCAGAAGACAUGGCCUUGAUUAUGGCAGCUGGUUUGUUGAUGAGCACGCCAUCAAACCACUACAUCAGUACGACGUAUGGAUUAAAUGCUUGUGCUGGGUGUGGUGUUGGUCCUAUUGGUGAUAUUAGUGGUAUAGACUGUGGUGAGGGAACUGGUACCACUUCUGAUGUCAAUACAUGUGGUGUAACUAAUAUCGCUAAUGCUGGAGAUAAUGGUGGGAGCGUGGACGUUGGUGGUGGAGGCUGUGGUGGUUGUGGCGGUUGUGGCGGAUGUGGUGGCGGUGGAUGUGGAGGCGGUGGUGGUGGAUGUGGAGGAGGUGGCGGUGGAUGUGGAGGCGGUGGAUGUGGAGGCGGUGGAUGUGGUGGAGGUGUGUACAGAUGUGCGCUAGAGAUAAGAUACUAA